AUGACGCUCUCCACCUCCACCUCACUCCAGACGAAACCGCCCGUCGACAAGCAGAGCUGGGACUAUGUCAUGCGCAGCGGCUUGGCCGGUGGUAUAGCCGGAUGCGCCGCAAAGACGGUCGUCGGUCCGCUAGACCGCGUCAAGAUCCUCUUCCAGGCUUCGAGUCCCCAGUAUGCAAAGUACACGGGUUCAUGGUUUGGCUUCUUCCGAGCCAUGCGCGACAUCCACACAAACGAAGGCACCCGAGGCCUUUUCCGCGGCCAUUCAGCAACCCUCCUCCGUAUCUUCCCCUAUGCCGGCAUCAAGUUUCUCGCCUACGAGCAGAUCCGCGCCCGCAUCAUCCCAACAAAGGACAAAGAGACGCCUCUUCGCCGUCUACUUAGUGGCAGCUUGGCUGGUACCCUAUCCGUCUGCUUCACCUACCCACUUGAAGUCAUUCGCGUGCGGUUAGCCUUCGAGACAAAGACACAUCACAAGACCAGUCUGAGAGAAAUCUGCAAAACAAUCUAUCAUGAGAACCCGCCGCCGGUCGGCUCAUCUACCAAACAUAUAGACACCCGAGCUACACCUGCCUCGGGCAUGGUCAAUUUCUUCAGAGGCUUUACACCCACCCUCUGGGGAAUGCUUCCCUACGCUGGCUGCUCGUUCCUCACCCAUGAUACAGCCGGCGAUUUCAUGCGACACCCGCGCAUAGCAAAAUACACCACACUCUCAGAGUCCAAAUCCUCGACCAAGCGCGAUCCCAACAAGCCCGCGCCGCUCAAGUACUGGGCUGAGCUGGCAACCGGUGGCUUCGCUGGCUUCGUGUCACAAACGGUAUCGUACCCACUAGAGGUCAUACGUAGGCGCAUGCAAGUAGGCGGUGUGGUUGGUGACGGCCAUCGUCUAGGCAUGAUGGAAGUUGCUGGACGCAUCUACCGCGACACUGGCUUCAAAGGCUUCUUCGUAGGUCUAGGCGUCGGUUACAUCAAGGUCAUUCCCAUGGUGGCCACGAGUUUCUAUGCCUACGAGAGAGCCAAACUCGCACUUGGCAUCUGA